UUCUAUCCUUUAUUCACCACCACCAUCACCUUUUAUAAUAAAACCAAACACACUCUUAGCUAGGUGAAAACCAGUAUUUCUUCACUAAAAAUGGGCAUCAAAAAAUCAAACAAACUUUCACAAGCAGCAUUAUUAAAGCAAAUACUAAAAAGAUGUUCAAGUCUAGGCAAAAAACAUGGAUAUGAUGAUGAUGGACUUCCACUUGAUGUCCCAAAAGGCCAUUUUCCCGUCUAUGUAGGCGUAAAGCGCACCCGAUAUAUCGUACCGAUAUCGUAUUUAACACAUCCUGAAUUCCAAAGGUUGCUCCAACAUGCUGAAGAAGAAUUUGGGUUUCAUCAUGAAAUGGGUCUCACUAUUCCUUGUGAAGAAGUCGUUUUUCAAUCACUCACUUCUAUGCUACGAUGACGUGUUUCAGACUAGUGGUUGAUUAAUUAUGGGACUCGAGAGUAUCGCAUAAAAUUAGUGGUUGAUAUAGUGUACGGAGAGAUUUUUUAGAUGUGGCGCUUUGACGCUGACCAAAAAUGAUGGUGGCGAAGACGGGUGGUGACUGCGCUGAGUGCUGUUAUUACUAUUGUUGGAUAUGUUCGAAAAAUAUGGGUUUUUGCAGAGCUAAAGUGUUUAAAUCCAGAAAAACGUACAACUGUUGAAGAACGAAGCACAAGUUGUUUAAACGUUUGAUUUCUGAGAUGGUGAUUUUGAGCUCUGGGAAAAGGGAUUUCCUUUUUUUUUAACCAUAUUUAUUUGUUUUCUUUUAUUUUUUGGCUGACUCUUACCCAAAAUAUAGAAAUUUAAUAAGUUUAGUAUUUUGGGUUAGAUGAUUGAAUGAAUGAAUUUGUACAAAUGAAAUGUUGUAAUUUUCCUCAUUUGAGGUGUAAAUUGUUUUACACCCACUUGAGAGUGACUAAAUGUUUCCCUAAUAUUAUGAGAUAUUUGGUGGUUUUUUAACAAA